UUCUAGCACAGCAAUCUUUCCUUCCUUCAAAGCUGUAAAGUUUCAUAGUUUGAGAAACAGUUCUUCACCCACUGCAACCAGGGCACCCAAGAUCUCUCCCUGUCUGGGACACACACUGGCAGGGUGCUGACAUCUUCCACUCCCUCCUUGGGCUCACUUCCCACAGGUGAUCAUAUCUGGAUCAUCCAGAAGCCCCUUUCACAAAUUCCCUUAUGCCAGGACAGUGCUACAGCCUCCCCAGCUUCCUCCUGUGGUUGUGGAGCAGAAGUUUAGCUAGUCCUGCCAGAAGGUACUGGCUGAGAUUUACAAAGCAGAACCCACUCUGGUGAUGAUUAUUAGCAGUGCUCCCGCCUUGGUGAGCUUGGGAGACUACUGUGCUCAGCAGUCAAAGCUGCACACAGCACAGGGAGAUUUAUAUCCCUGAGUAUUGAGUUGAAUGGACACAGUGGAUUUGGAAAGGAAGUGGUUCAACUAACAAUGAUGAGGAUAGGGAAGGAGGGGCUCUACUGCUCACACAUAAACUGGAGUAAGAUAUCAGGUAUCAACAAAGCGUUUCUGGAAAAACCCUUGUAGUGUUUUCCCAUCACAGUUCCCAGCAAGGCUGUGCUGGGUCUUUCCACUUUGCACUGGAAAGUGACCUGUGGUAGCCCAUGGGCUCUGCUGAAGAGAGGGAUUUUAGUGUGGCUCCAGACUUCCCAUGGCAUGAACUGGAAGAAAAGGUUCUGCUGGGUCUGUGCCCCCUGGGAUGGGGUUUGUGGAAUUGCCCAGAUGUGCCGGUGUCGACAGGUCAGGUGCCCCAGAACUGCUCCUUCAGUCAGAACUGAAUGAGAAGUGUGGGGUGGGCAUAAAAUAGAAGCCAAAUUUGCCAUGUGAGCAGCAAUACCAAGAUCAGGAGCUGAUUUCGGAAAAGGCAGGUGCCCUCAUUUGCUGAGAUACUGGGUAAGAGGCAUAAAAGACUGUUUUCCUUGUAGUUUGUUUUACUGAGCAGGCAUGUUUAGUUUUAGGAGCAAAGACUCCCACAUGCAGGGGUCUGGCUUUGCCCGAUGGGAUCUAAUAUGGAGUUAUUUCUUCUCAUUGUGAUGAUUGACUUUCUCAUCUCGUUCCUCCUUCCCUUGCUCAUCCUGUUCUCUCCGUUGUCCCUCUCUCCAUCUGCAGAUCCAGUUGAGACCCAUGCAAAGGCAUCCCACGAGCAUUAUGAGGACUCCUGCAGCCAGCUUUGAUGUUCAGUCCUUAAUGGCAAAAAUCCCAGCUCCCACCACUCUGGCCAUUUUCCUGGCUUGCCUCUUCUCUGGGGCACACAGUCAGACCCCAAGGGCUUUCCAGGAGAGCACCAUCCCCUUUGAGGUGCUUAGCCAGGAGCAGGUUUACAGCCUGGUCCAGCCAAGCCUGUUCCAGGAUAACAGGCAGUCGAACCACACAGAGAGCGUCUCUGGGAGCACCAGCUCUGAGCCACCCCUGCUGCCUGUGUGUGUGAAGCCCGCAGAUAUCAGACACAUCUUCAAAUACAUCAACACCAUAGUGUCCUGCACCAUCUUCAUAGUGGGGAUCAUCGGCAACACCACACUCCUGAGGAUCAUUUACAAGAACAAGUGCAUGAGGAAUGGGCCAAAUGUCCUCAUUGCUAGCUUGGCACUUGGAGACCUGCUCUACAUCCUCAUUGCUCUACCCAUCAAUGUGUAUAAGCUCUUGGCAAAGGACUGGCCCUUUGGCGUGCAGGUGUGCAAGCUGGUCCCCUUCAUCCAGAAGGCUUCGGUGGGCAUUACGGUCCUCAGCCUUUGUGCUCUCAGCAUCGACAGGUACCGAGCAGUGGCAUCCUGGAGUCGGAUCCAGGGGAUAGGAAUCCCCAUGUGGAAGGCAGUGGAGGUGAUGCUGAUCUGGGCAGUGGCCAUCGUGCUUGCAGUGCCUGAAGCUAUAGCCUUCGACAUGGUGGAGCUCAGCUACUGGGAACAACACCUGUGGGUGUGCAUGCUUGCCUCCGAACAGAAAUCCAGCUUCAUGAUGUUCUACCGUGAUGUGAAAGACUGGUGGCUUUUUGGCUUCUAUUUCUGCCUCCCCUUGGUAUGCACUGGCAUCUUCUACACCCUCAUGUCAUGCGAGAUGUUGAACAAGAGAAACGGCAUGAGAACUGCUUUGAAUGACCACAUGAAACGGCGCCGGGAGGUGGCCAAGACAGUGUUCUGCCUUGUAGUGAUCUUUGCACUCUGCUGGCUUCCGCUCCACCUCAGCCGCAUCCUCAAGAAGACCAUCUAUGACCAGAUGGACCCCAACAGAUGUGAACUGCUCAGUUUCCUCCUUGUGAUGGAUUACUUUGGGAUCAAUAUGGCCUCCCUCAACUCCUGCAUCAACCCUGUGGCUCUCUACUUUGUCAGCCGGAAAUUCAAGAACUGCUUCCAGUCCUGCCUGUGCUGCUGGUGCCAAAGAUCCACUCUGAGCAUUACACCGACAGAUGACAAGGGCUCUGUUGGGAAGUGGAAAGCCAACGGGCAGGAGCUUGGGGUGGACCGGAGCAGCUCCCGCUUGAGUAACAAGUACAGCUCUUCCUAAAGCCAUGCCUCUGGCAGGGCCAAGAGGAGAAGGCUCUGUGCCAGAAUGGCAGGACUCCUCCAUUACUCUCGCAUGGCUAUUUCCUGGCUGGGCCUGAACAAUUUUUGUCUUCAUGUGAUAACCCACCUGGAAGGAGCUGCAGCAUUUCACUAGACCCCUGGGACUAGCUCUGAACACAGGCUCUGUACCAUUCCGAUCCAUCCCCUGGUCUGAGCCACUUCUGGAGGAGAGGGAAGAGGAUGCAGAUCCUCACAUGAUUUUUCAUUUCCUUGCAGGAAAAGCAAAUGACUUAUGGC